AUGUCAAAGAAGAAGAAGAGAUCAUUCCCUCUCCUUGGUUCGAAUCCGUCAGUAGCCCCGAUGGAUUUGAAACUGUCUGGUGCUUCCAGUACAGCUCUGUUGAAAAAAUCAUCAGCGAAGAAGUCUGCCGCUGCAACUUCGUCAUCGCGGAAGGGCAGUGGCGGAGUGCUGAAUGCGAGUUUUGUCAACAGCUCAUUUCUUUCUGAAGAUCUUGACUCUCCUGCUGCCCAGCCGUCUCUUCGGCUAUGA